AUGAUUAAGGCAUUUGUCAGGACAAGAGCUGCCGAAAAACUACUUGUUCGUCACAGUUCGUCGUCAACCUCAGCUUUGGCUUACAAGCAAUUGCAUAAAAACAAAAUAAGUCCAGCCUUGCCCACCUUGGAAACACCCUCUUGGAGUGCCAAAUCCGCUGUGUCCUCGAUAAUUUACGAAACACCCACGCUAACUCGCACGUCACGGAAACAGCAUGUUUUAAACUGCUUGGUCCAAAAUGAGCCUGGUGUUCUCUCCAGAAUCAGUGGUACUCUUGCAGCCAGAGGCUUCAACAUCGAUUCUCUUGUGGUGUGCAAUACCGAAGUCAAGGAUCUGAGCAGAAUGACAAUUGUUUUGCAGGGCCAAGAUGGCGUCAUCGAACAAGCAAGACGCCAAAUUGAAGAUCUUGUACCUGUCUAUGCUGUUUUGGACUAUUCCAAUGCUGACAUUAUCAAGCGAGAGCUAUUAAUGGCUCGUGUUUCUUUACUUGGGGCCGAAUAUUUCGAAGACCUUAUCCAGCACCAUGAAAAAACCGGUUCGGAGGGUCAAAGUGGUUCGAAUGACGUCGUAUCCCAGAUCAGGAGCAAGCAGUUCCAUCCAUCUAAUUUGCCAUUGAGCGAAAACCUCAGAAUGAAACACGAACAUCUUAGAAGCUUAACUACCCUUGCUGAGAACUUUGGAGGCCGUGUUGUGGACAUCAGUGAAACAAAUUGUAUUAUCGAACUGAGUGCGAAGCCCUCGCGUGUUUCUGCAUUUUUGAAACUGGUCGAGCCUUUUGGAGUGCUUGAAGUUGCCAGAAGUGGUAUGAUGGCUUUGCCAAGAACUCCUUUAGAAUCUAAAGACGAUGAGGACCUUGAGAAUCAGAUCAGCGAUAUCGUUGACCUUUCACAGCUACCUCCUGGUUAG